ACUGUCUAGGUAAAUUUCUAGUCACCUCACGUUUCCGGCAGUAGCAUCGUCCUUUUUAUGCCUGACCGUUGAUAGUUCGGGUGUAACGAUGACGGGAUUUUCGAGCAAGCCAUUGUUAAUCGAUGGCAGGAAUCAUUUGUGCGGUCGAUUGGCACCAGUGGUCGCCAAAGCGAUUCUCCAGGGUACCAGAGUCAUCGUCGUCCGUUGUGAAUCUCUGAAUAUCUCCGGAAAUUUCUUCAAGACAAAGUUGAAAUUCAUGUCAUUUUUGAGAAAAAGAUGUAAUGUUAACCCAGCACGUGGACCAUUCCAUCACCGUUCACCAUCAAAGAUCUUCUUCAAAACUGUCAGAGGAAUGAUCCCACACAAGACCCAACGAGGAAAGGAUGCGCUCCGUAGAUUGAAGGCCUACGAAGGAUGCCCACCACCUUACGACCGUAGAAAAUGUAUGGUCGUUCCUGGAGCUAUGAGAAUCAUUUGUCUUAAAGCCGGCAGAAAGUACUGUCACGUUGGACGUUUAGCUCACGAAGUAGGAUGGAAAUACCAGGACGUUGUUAAAACUCUUGAGAACAAGAGGAAGGUCAAGGCUGUCCUUAGUAUCCGCAAAAGAGAUAAACUCAGGAAAAUCACAAAAGAAGCAGGAGAAAAAGUUGCUAAAUCGACCGCUCCUUACACGAAAAUUAUUAACGAGCUUGGUUAUAAUUAAACGUGUAAUUUCAAUAAAUAAUAAAAUUUAUCAACAAAUUAA